UAACGUCACUGGCUCAGCCCAUGAGGGCACGUACCAGUUAACCACGCGCGCAAGCACUUAUAUACAUAAGCGUUAUCACUCUCGCUUCAGAGCGGACGUUCGCACGACUCACUCUGCUGCCACAGUUUCGGGAUUGCAUUGGCGACCAGUCAAAAGAAGAGAGGGGGAAGAGAAAACACGAGAAGACUGGUUCAGGUUCAUUGGCACGUACCGGUCGUGUUACACCAGGCGGUCGGCAGAGAAUUGGCAGGAAAAUACGCUUUUAUUCGUUGGCAAGCAGGAGACGAAGGAAGUGCAGGGAUUUUGGCGCUCGGGGGAAGGGAGUUCGGGUUUUAGGUAUCGCGAGUGACGGAGAGAAGAACCAUGCGGCGUGUCGUGGUAGUGUUGCUUCUCUGGCUAUGCUCAGCCUGCGUGUUAACAACAGUUCUCGGUAGAUCGUUGCCUUGGCUCAAAGACACUGCUCAAAAACGUGGAAGGCAGAUCGAUAUAAGGCAAUGCGAGUUGGAUAUCAGGAACUGCGACAGAACCACCGACUGGAGGGAAUGGCAUAAAGCUAAUGAUGCCAGCAGAUCCAGACAAAGAGAUCGGAUACGCUAUCAAAACCUCAACAAAAGACGGCUUACGGACAUUCUACAACGGAAAGAGCAGGAACUCCAGGAUGGUCUGGACCAGAAUCGCAGGCGCUAAGUACACCAUGGACCUUCACUCAGCUGUUCCGUUUUCUUUGAUUAUUCCCACACUGCUCUUGGUAUAAAGGCAAAUGUCUCCAUCUUCACCCUCACCGUCUCAGCGAAGGUUAUUUCAGAUGCUAUCAGUAAAGCCAACUUCAAAGUGCUUAGCGACUUCAUCUGAAUCUGUGUUCAACCAGGUAUCAUAACACACAUGUGUCUAAGCAAUACCAUGCCGUGUGACUUAUUAAGUCUCUAAACACAAUAGAGUGGUAAAAGCAAGUUGAUUUUAAAGAGCACUUUUAAAGCGAGAUAAAAGGGAAGGAAAAUGUCACUGACUCGGAUAUUAGCCAAAUUCUUAAGCACAGAUUAAGUAACCAGCUUGUUACUUACGUUGAUUUAUCUUGUUCUAUGUUUACCGGGUGCAUAAUAAGUGAAUUUUAAUUAACAAAGAAUGCACUCAUAUGUACAGAUACUUCUUUUUCGAACUACUCACUCGUUUAUACAAAUUAGACAGUCGUGUAAGAUUAUUUGGUCCGAAGAUUUUGAUCGUAUUGCAAAGUAGUUUACCUCCAAAGUAGCUCUGAAGCUGGAUACACAACAUACUGGCCUUUUGCGAAAGAGUUGAAGGGGAUAUUUGGGGUGUUUCUACUGAAUUACUAUGUGAACGUUGAUGUAUUUACUUUGAUGCGCCGGGAUGCUCUGAGUUGGGACCGGUCGGCCCUGGUGAUUUAUUUCUGCAUGGUGAACAACACGUAGCCCGGCUUAACAUGAAGUUGCGUCACCUUUCCUUAAAACCCACUACGACCAACCUCUGUAAAAUAAAUGAUAGAAAAAUUCAUUUUAGCCUUCGGAACAGCUUUUCGGGGACUUUUACUUUUUGUGGUCACCUGUGUAUCCCAGGAACCCUGGGGUAUCAGAGGAGUAUCAGCGGGACGACCGGGGAAGGUGGCGCAUUUUAGAAACAGUAGGCCUACUACCACUUCGUCGCAGGCAGUCAAGAUUGUUGGAACUAGGAAAAAAUGGAUAGUCAUUUAUAUAAAACAAACAUACCAUUUGGCCAGCACCCGAAGAUCUUGGAAAGUCACUUGUGGGCUGUCAUCAGCAUGUCACGUAAAUAUUAAUUAACACUCGCUAUGGUUUUCAAUUGUUUAAAAGAAAUAUUGAUUCCAUGCUUCUGAUGAAAGAUAUCUAGACAAACAUAGUCGGAGAAAACUGCACUUCUGUAGAUUUGAAAAGUAGACUGACCCUUUCCUAAGCUGAAUUUGUCAAUAUAAAUUAAACUGAUACCUUGACAAGUUUUGUUUAGCCAGAUUUGAAAGGUGCCCUUAACAGAUCAAGACAAAUAGUCUUAAGGCAAUACCAGCAGAAGUCGCGAUGCAGUUGGAAUACUGCUGCCCUAAAAUCGGCCUCAGUGAAAAUUACUGCAUUUUAUGUGUUGUAUUUGUGCAAAGAAAGAGCAAAGAACUCAGCAUUGCUAUUCACUCUAAGAGUCGUCACUUACGCAGCACUCUAAAUGCAUUGUGAACUUAAGGUGUAGAUCCCUUGUGAAUAUAAAUGGGUUAUAUAAAAAAACCUGAUUAUUACAGAGCUCCAGGGCUUGUGUACCCCCCCCCCAGGAAAAGUAUCCCGCCGUUCAACAACAUUUCAGGUCGCGCUUUGGAGGGUACAUUCAUCAAACGCUAAGUGUAGGAUAUUGAGUCCCACGGAUGAACUGAAAAUAUUUUUGACUAACUGGGUCUUUUUAUGAAUGAGAAUCGGUAAGUUUUUUGAAAACUGGAAAACUACAACCUGAAAACUAAAACCAAAUAACUGUGUAACGAGAAGAUGACCGUGUUGUCUAUAAACGUCAGGUUUAGCUUUGUAUUUUAUCUUGGAUGAAAAUUCACAGAGUAUUGUAAAUCAUUCGCAAUGCUGUUUAUUUUUCCCUACAACUGUAGAUAUAAUGUUAGGUAUAUUUGCUUACAGUGCCUAUUACACAUGUUCGCAACCGCAGCUGGCAAACAGAAGUUGUAGAAUGAAUUCGCUUUAUUGUACAGCACAAAACGUUAAUUACUUAGUACUUAGAGUACAGUGUGUAAUGUGUAACAUUCCUUUGUGACGAAAUCUGACACGGGACAUUUAUAUCUUACUCAACAGUGACACACAAAAGGACAAGACAGAGAAAAACUAAUAAUUAGAACAAUAAAAAUGCGUAAUACAAUCCAUGUAGUUACAUUCUGUUGCUUAGAAACAGUGACAAGUAUAAGUCAUACAAUGUUGAACGUGUCAAAUGCGUUAGUAUUGGCCCCUGAAAUGUCACCUGCUUAGUAGUCCUCAGGUUGGCAAAGUAACAGGGCUGUGUUCGUAAAACUGUGAGACACAUUUGCUGGAAAGUUGUCAAAAUCAAACAGAUGAUGUCUGAGCUAACUGAUGCAAGCUCCCAUUCCGAAAUCCCAAACUGCCUUUGAAAUCUAUAAAUAAAUAAAUGAAACCACUUUCAAUUUAGAGAAAAUUUGUAAGAAGGAAAUACCUCCAAUGGAACUUUAGGGAAUGAUCAUUUCGUGUGAGGAGAUUCCCCUCGUUCAUCUUGUCCUUGCUUUCAAUCAGAAUGGGGGAUAAAUCGUCACUGGAAUAGAUGAAUGAAUUUUCAUUCGGCAGAAUGUAUUGAUUAGUUUAAUUAUAACCUUUUGAGUCUUAACCCCAAACAUUAUCUUCAAUUAGACCCACACUGCAGAUAAAAAUGGGAACCCCUGUUCUAUGACCGCCCGCCCAUAAUAUAUUUUAGACAGUGAUUUCUGCAGUGUAUGAUUAUUGAAAAUCGAAAUCUGGAUAUUUUUUCAAGAAACUUACAUUGUCGGAUAAAAGAUAAUUGUCCCUGCUGUUUUGACAAACAUGCUAGUGUCACAAUUACGGAAAGGGAGCUAAUGUAAUUGUUUUUAGAAUCUACUUCUUGGGUAAUUGAAUUACAAUCACAAAUUAAACAAAUAGCUAUUCACUCCAAUGUAUACCCACAAAGUCAUAGAUUGAAUUAUUAAAUAAAAGUGUCAAACUGCAAAAUAACCCAAAACAACAAAACAGCCAACAACUGUUAAGUAUGUAAGACGUCGUAAUUAUUAAUAAAAAAUCAACCACUUGAGUCAAAAAACCUAUUCAGAUAUCAAUCACUGUAAAUCCGUUUAUCUGUGAUUACAGGGAGAAAGUACACACGAAGUCACAGCUAUAAAACAUUUUCUCCUUACUGUAAGAAGGAAUAAAAUUCUAAAAUUCAAGAGAAAGUGCCGCUCAUAUUCGUGUGAAGUUGCUAGGCUACACAUCUGAACCCACAACUUCAUCACCCAAACUGCCCCAAAGCUAGAUUUAACAUUUAUACAUGUCGACAUUAAUACCAAGCUAUCCCAACGCCUUCUUCAAGGGAACUGAAAACUUUUGGCUGGGUCACAAGAUUUGUAAAUAAAGUGAACUUUAAACAAGAAAGCUUAAAUAAAGUAUUAUAUUGAACUGUAA